AUGAAGUUUGGCAAACAGCUGCAGGAGGAGCUUCGAGCAGAAUGGUGCAAGCACUAUGUGGACUACAAAGUUCUGAAGAAGGCGCUGAAGCCCGAGGCGCCGGCAGUGCCAGCCUUCUUUGACCUCCUCAAGAGUGAGGUGCAAAAGGUCCAAAGUUUCAUCCAGCAGCAACAUGAGGCUCUCUGGAAGGUCAUGUCUGCUGGCUUUGCGGGUGACUUCAACAAUGCGGCAAAGCAAUGUGAAGUAUUCACCGUCUUGGAGACGUUGGUGGCCUCCAUCCAACACAUUCACAGCUUCGCGGCCCUGAACCAACUGGCCUUGCACAAGAUCAUCAAGAAGGCUGACAAGAAGUUGGGUCAGGUCAACGAGUGCUUCAGCCCUGAGUGGAACCUGGUCCCCAGCGCGGAGAACAUUGUGGUGUGGCUGCUGGUGCCAGCAGAGAAGUGCCUAAGGUUGGUGACGGAUUGUUCUAAAGGCGGUUCGCAACCUCUGCGGCAGUUCCACUUUUGGGUCCAGGAGCUGCGUGCCGGCGCUGUGCUGGCAAGGUCUCAGAUGACCGGAGCGGCAGGUUUAAACACCAUGCACCUGCGACUGCAACUCACCUGCGGCAAGGACGUGCAAUGUCGCAUCAGGAACACCUUCAUCGAUGUUGCGCAGAAGGAUGAGCACCGCACGCGUUCAAGCUCACUCCCCCCACGUGAAGAAUUGAGAGCCCAGGGCAAGGAGCUCGUGCCGUUGGAACCCAGAUGUGUCAUCGAUGUGCCGGAGGCUGAAGAGGAAGAGGUUUCGGAAGAGGUUGCAGUCGACAGCGAGUCGACCGAGAGCUUCCCAGCGGCUCCACCGGCUUGGGACGAGGACGAGACCUGCCUAGGUUUGCAGGACUGGAAGACGAGACAGGUCGCGUGCUCUUGGAGCAGAGAGGUCAAACCAAGCGCAUCGGCUGCCUGGGACAAGGGCAAAGGCCAGUCGGCCGUCGGGGCCUGCGUGGCCCUGCGCACGGCCGCGGGGCGGCGGGGGCGGGUGAGGCGGCGAGCCGAGGCGAUCUUCGGCGGGGUCUGGAAAGGCAGCUGGGCGCAGGUGCUGGAGGACGCCGCUGCAUCUCUGCGUCCGCGCCUCGGAAAAAAAGAGCGAUGCUCAUCAGCGGCCCCGGCGUGCGUGGCCUUCAUAGGGGGCGGCUUGGUGGCGGAGGCUGGGGGCAUGCCAGAAGCCGCCGACGCGCUGGCGCAGAGACUGCGUCUGCCGCAGCUGGUGGCGUGCGUGGUGGAUGGUUCCAUAGGCCACGACCUCUCGCGCUCCAAGUCCCGGUGGCCCUUGCGUUUGUUCCACCGCUGGCUUCAAAUUCUACGACAGUGGACAGAGCGAAGACCGCCGGUGCGCGAGCUGGAGUCGGACAUGAGCUUGUCCUUGGCCUUCUUCAACUGCAGGGCUACUCCAGUGGUGAUCUCCACUGCCGAUCUGCAGGCAGAGGAGGACCUGAGCUUGAAGUCUGGGAAGUCUGGCGCCGGUUUCAAGCAAGUUGCGAGAGGUGCCCCGUUCGGCGCUGAACUCGAGAAGGACAUCUCGGCCGCGGUGAUUCUGGCAGAUGGUCUGGAGGCCGCAGAGCUGGCAGCGGCCCGCGUGGCAGAAGCUUUCCCCCAAGCGGCCCAGGUGGGCGCAGUGGGCGCUCAGCUAGCCGGAAGGAAGGGCAGACCAACGCCCUGCCUGGCAGCCAUAGGGGCCGAUGGUGGCUGGCCCGCGGGGCCCUGUGGCUCCGUGCGACUGGCCAAGGGCGCGGUAGCGCUUCUGCUUCGGAACGUGCGCCUGGAGGCCAUCUCUUGCGGCGGGAUGCGAGGACUUGGGCCCGAGCUCAACGUGACGGAUCUCUCCAAGCGCGACACCGUGGAGCGGUUUGGGGACCCGGCCUGGCCGACCAUCAUGAAGGUCUUCCAGCAGGCGUCUCUGGAGGAGCAGCUGCUUCUCCGCUCGCACUCCCUGGUCGUUAGCGUACGCAACCCUGGAGAGCAACAAUGCCAAAUCCGCCGGCUGAAGCAUGAGCCGAAGGAAAGCGCAGUGAUCAUUCCAGGCACCGAUCUCCGCGUGGGCUCCAAGAUUCAACUUCUGGUGAGACAUCAAGGCGUGGCCGAGGAAGACCUGACCAUGCUGCAGGAUCGCCUGGCUCUUGAGCGCACCGUGUCGCCGGCGCCCCUGCUGGGUUGCUUGGUCCUUGCAGACCGCGCGCGAGGCCAGGCGCUCUUCGGCCGCGAGGCCGACGGCCCCGUGGCCGCGGCCUCGGGCGCCGCGGUCUGCGGCUGCUUCUGCCGGGGCCAGCUGGCGGUGCCCAGCGGGGUGCGGCCGCGGUCCCAGCGCCUCAGCGCGGUCUUCGGGUUCUUCUUCGAGGCUUAG